GUUUCGAAGAACCAUAUCGCGAAGUUGACUUUCAAGGAAAAAAACGAGUAAACUAUAUUUAAAGAUAGAGUCGAUCGAUACUAAGUCAUUGACUCUCAAUGAAAAGACUAGACAAAUAGCUGGACGGAAUCUCAGAAAUUCACUGAACUUAUCUGGACACGUUAUUUGACGUAUUUUAGUUUUGGACUGUGAUGUCUUUUGAAAACAUGAAGUUUUUCAGCGCGUGCUUCGCCGUUUUUCCUGUCUUUUACCAAGUUUUCUGCUGGGAGGUGUACCAAAGUUCGUACUGGAAUUCAGACAACGGAGCCCUGGCAUUUGAUAACGAUACAGAUACUUGCUUUACGUCGGGUAUUGAACCAACACCAUGGUUAAAAGUCGAGUUGGACAACAAGAAACUCAUCUCUUCGCUGACUUUUCAAGGUCUCCAGGCGGGCGACUAUCGAAUCCGAGUUGGAGACUAUAAUAAUAACCUCGGCGACGGCUCGAGUGACAUUGAUCAGAAUACUUUGUGUACCUCUUUCCAACAUUCCGGCAACAUAGGGCUGAUAACAGUCCAUUGUCUCCGAGAGUUAGAAGGGAAAUAUGUCACGUUACAGAGAAUCAAUCCAAAGAGCCCUGGGCGCGGGCUGCAGCUGUGCGAAAUGACUUUUUAGUGAUUGCCAUAUAGAGUGUUCUUUUGUCAUUGAAUUUGUAUUUGAUAUGUUGCUAAGAUAUGUUUAUGCAAUCAACAAGUUAAUCGAUGUGAAAAAAUCUAGAUGCUGUUUUAGGAAUAAACAGAAAUAACAGCUACGUAAAUUAUAACAAAAAACUAGAAAAGCACUCCGAGAGCGCAGACC